CAAAUGGCCGCUGAUGCAUUUCGCGGUGCACAAAUCCGAAUGACAACAAAUGUUGUGUUUCAUGAGUAAAAUUUGGCAAUUAAUCAUGAUCGUGGUGUAAUAAUAAGUGCGUUGAGGGGGGCCAAUUGUCGGGGAGAGCCUCGAGUGUUUGUUUAAAAAUUAUCAAGGACGUGUGACAUCUUAUUAAAAUGUCCGGGUAUCGGAGAGUGAAUUAUUACGAGUUAUGCAGGCUUUGCACAAGUAGCGAGGGAAAUAAAAUGAACAUUUUUCGUGACGAAGGACGGAGGAGACAGUUGCAGAAUAAAAUUCAGAUAUGUCUGCCUGUACAGGUACUGGAGGAAGAUUCUCUGCCCAAAAUAGUUUGUCACGAAUGCGUGAAAAAGCUGGAGAAUUUCUUUGAAUUCCGAGAAACUGUGGUCAGUGCGGAAGGAAUGUUAGAAUCUUACUUUACAUCUCUACGAUUUUCCGAGGACUUUAUGAAGGAAGGAAAAGUUUAUGUGAAAACUGAAGAAAAGAAACAAUCAUCUCCAGCUCCAGACAACGAACAGAUAAAACCUGAAAAAACUGCGUCUCCACUCAACGCCCAGAUUGCAGUAACGGAACAGCAGGUCCAACAUCAGCAGCCUGUCGUUGUUAGCAACGUCAAUGCAUCUAACAUCCACAUAAUCAGUGGAGUACAAGCCCGUGUUCAACAAUAUAAAUGUGCCAUGCAGAUGCAACCUGGUGGUGUCGCAGCUGCGGUAGUCGAAGCAACGGCUGAGACCCACUAUAGUUAUCAACAACAAACUUCUCAGCAAGUGUCUCAACAGCAGCAACAGCAACAACAACAGCAACAGCAACAACAACAGCAGCAGCAGCAGCAACAACAACAGCAACAGCAGCAACAGCAGCAGCAGCAACAACAACAACAGCAACAGCAACAACAACAACAAUCAAACCAAGCCAAUCAAGGACAGCAGAUAAGUCAGCAAUCAAAUCAAGUCCAUCAAUCGCAGAAUCAGAUUCAACAGGCGCAAAAUCAAAUGCAAAAUCAAAAUGAAAUAAAUCACCAGUCACAGGCUCAAAUAAAUCAGCAAACUCAGAGACAGAUAUGUCAGCAAAAUCAAGCUCAAAUAGCACAACCAAAUCAGACCCAAAUUUUUCAGCAACAAAAACAAACUCAGAUUGCACAGCAGUCACAGUUAACUCAGCAGAUACAACAGCUCCAGAGACAGCAAAGGGAAUUUGAAAAGCUGCAGCAAAGAAAUUUACAACAAAUUGAAAAGCAGCAAGUUCAGAUUGUUCAGCAACAAGAACAGCAACAGCAGACACAAAUUGUACAAACUCAGCAUCAAAAUAAUAAUAUUAUUUUAAAAAGUGAGCCAUCCACUGAGCAAAAUCAACAAGUUAUUCAGAAGGUACAACCCGAAUCACAGGAUAACGAUACUCCAAAUCAAAAUGUUCAAACCUAUGCUACUGUAGCUGCAACUCCGGAAAUUUUAUUAAGUUUAGGAUUCAAGGAAGCGAGUAUGGGCACGCAAGCCGCACGUGACGAUCCGAAAGACUUUAAAGACUUUAUCAAGGUAACACCAGAUGACGCGAUAUCCAGAAAUUCCAUUGGUCAAAUAUCGGAGUUCCUGAGAAUACGAACAGUUCCGGAACCCACGUCACUGAUAGCUGUGAAUCCUCAGUCUGUAUCGCAGGCUUCGCGAAUACCGAGCUGUCGAGAUUGUGGUAAAACAUUUACUACUUUAAACCAAUUAAACAACCACAAUUGUAGUAGUCCGAAUUUGUUGAACGACGUUGCGGACUUGAAAGAAGAAAAUACCCCGGCGAAUGGUAGCCCUUUCAGUUGUGACGUUUGUGCAAAACCGUUCAAACGGAAAGAACAUUUGUUCCAGCACAGAAAACUACAUACCGGUGAACGGCCGUUCGCCUGUACAGCGUGUGGAAAAGCUUUUAGUCGUAAAGAACAUUUGGUUAGGCAUUCCGUCUCCCACACCGGCCAAAAAAUGCACGAAUGUGAAAUGUGCGGUAAGAGCUUCUCGCGUAAAGAUAAUUUGCACAAGCAUAGAAAAACUCACGGUGUUUCUGGACCAUAUAUUUGUGACGCAUGUGGGAAGUCUUUUGUCGUUAAACAUUAUUACCUACUCCACUUGUCAAAUCACGCACCUACAAUUGAUGGAAUAGGCUGCCAAGAUCCAUUGCCUUAUAAGUGUGAUCAGUGCCAUAAAGCGUUUUCAGUUAAGCAGUAUUUAACCACCCACAAACUGAGACAUAGAUCUAAAAAUAAUGUUGACGCAAAUAAUUCAUCAAACACUAGCGUUCAACAGCAGCAGUCUAGCGCAACGACAAACAAUGUCUCUAGCUCGCCAAGUCUCAGUAAUGCAAAUGGUCAGACUGCAAAUGCGUCGGUUGUGGAAAUACAAAGUGUCAUAGAGGGAAAUGAACAAAAUGGUCCAUUUAAUGGAAAUCAGUAUCAUGGAAACUUGCAGCACUUCCAAUGAGAUAAGGGGAAACGUGUCUAUUAUGUACUUUUGCCAAAUGGAAACAAUCAUAAAAUUGUAGUCGUUUAGGUGAAAGAAACAUCCAGGCGCGUCUCUUGUCUUUCACUACCAACACAUUUUAAAGAAAUCUGUAUUUAUAUAUUUAUUUACAUCUCUGAUGAAUUUACGCAUGGCUUUUACAGGAAUUUCCACCGGCUAUCGAUU